AAAUACUCCUAGUCCUUGUAUAAAUAAAAUACUAACAUUAAAAAGUUUCUUCUCUAUACAAAACCUACCUGGAAAGUAGUAACGGAGAACAAAAGAGAAACAAAUCAUCGUUUUUAUUAUUACCACAAAAAAAAGAAACAAAUCAUCGUUUCCACCACACCCCAGCGGCCCAGCCAGCCAGCCCCCUCUUCAUUCCGAUUUGGCCAUCAUACUCUCGUCACCCAAGAUCUUACUCCUAUUUUAAUUAAUUCGAUUCGAAUAUAGCCUCUCUCUCUCUCUCUCGACCUUUUUAGCUGUUCCUCGCCGGCAAUUAGCUAGUCUCCAUCUCCACUAAUCUGACCUUUCAAAGCCCAAACGCACCUUAUCAUCAUAUGGUACCAAUAACAUAAAUUGAAGGGUAAACCUCUCUACUCUCUCGCCCCCGCUACUCCGAAAAUGAUUUCCGCUUCGAAGCGGAAAAAACCACGAUUCUAGCUGCCUCUGGCUGCAUUGAUUUCCGGCCGACAACAUACUGUACUCCCAUAUAUAUAUAUAGUCAUCAGUGUUUGUUUGGGUGUUCACUCGAGUCGAGUCGAGUCAUGUUUUCUAUGAUUACUAGAUUUUUUCUAUUUCUGGUCCUAGUCGGUUGCGUGUUCCUCCUAGUUCGAUUGUUCUUGUAUCGUACUGCUUUAAUUUACGUCUUCAACAAUUGGGUGCACUGGGUUGAAGACCGAGUUCACGUUCACCAGUCCUUCAAAGUACCCGAAUUGAAUGACAACUUCCAGGAGAAUCAAUUCUACGAUAAAGUCCUCACGUACGUGAAUUCGUUGACUUCGAUGGAGGACUCCGACUUCACUAACCUCUUCGCCGGGAAAAAAUCCAACGACAUCGUUCUAUGCCUCGACGAUAAUCAGACGGUUCACGAUGAGUUUCUGGGCGCAAGGGUGUCCUGGACUAACGCCGUUGAGAAGGGGGAUAACGGAAAAUCCCUCAUCAGGAAUUUGAUUCUGAGGGUGAAGAAGAAGGACAAACGCCGGAUUCUGAGACCUUAUCUCCAGCACAUCCACACAGUUUCCGAUGAGAUCGAACUGAGCCCCCAAAGAGACGUGAAGCUCUACAUGAACACGGAAAAAUCCCACGUCUGCGACGGACGGUGGAGAUCGGUUCCUUUCACCCACCCCUCGACUCUCGAAACCAUCGCCAUGGAUUCGGAUCUGAAGAACCGGGUCAAGUCCGAUCUCGAGUCGUUUCUCAGAUCCAAACAGUAUUAUCACCGCCUCGGCCGCGUUUGGAAGCGAAGCUAUUUACUAUACGGCCCCUCUGGCACCGGCAAAUCCAGCUUCGUCGCCGCCAUGGCCAAGUUCCUCUCGUACGAUGUUUACGAUGUCGAUCUCUUCAGAGUCUCCGAUGAUAGCGAUCUGAAAAUGCUUUUGUUGCAGACGACGAGCAAAUCGAUCAUCGUAAUCGAGGAUCUGGAUCGGUUCAUGGCGGAGAAGAAUUCUUCUUCUUCCACGGCGGUGAGUUUAUCCGGUUUGCUGAACUUCAUGGACGGAAUUGUGAACUCGUGUUGUUCAGAUGAGAAAGUGAUGGUUUUCACGAUGAACAACAAGGAACGGAUCGAUUCGGCGAUACUCAGGCCUGGACGGAUCGACGUUCAUAUUCAUUUUCCACUCUGUGAUUUCAGUUCCUUCAAGAGUCUUGCCAAUAGCUAUCUAGGGCUCAAGGACCACAAGUUGUUCCCACAAGUGGAAGAGGUGUUCCAGAGCGGCGCGACUCUAUCCCCGGCGGAGGUGGGGGAGAUCAUGAUCGCCAACCGGAGCUCCCCGAGCCGGGCUCUGAAGUCGGUUAUCACGGCGGCGAAGGUGGGACAACGGCUGAGCGAGUCGUCGAGAUUUUCGGCGGAUUUGUCGAGCGAGACUUCCGGUGGUUUUAAAGAUAGCUCCCCUCCAGUGAGGGAGCUACGUAAGUUGUACGGUUUGUUGAAGCUAAAGAGCACCAGCAAAAUUGGACCGUCGGAUCAUGAAUCCACGCAGUUCCAAGGGUGAUGAGUAUUUUUAACUACCUUUUUUUUUUUUUUUUUCUUCUUCUUCUUCUUCUUCUUCUUCUUUGUUGUUGUUGUCAAAUUGCUCUGUUCAUAGGUUUGUAUACUCAAACAACGAUUGAUUAGCCAGAUAGACUGUUGAACUUGUCUUUACAGACAGCAUAGAUGGAUAGAUAGAUAGGUUUGUUUUCAUCUUGGUUCUUGCCACUUCCGAAUAUUUGUUUCUCUAUUUGUUUUUACGGUACGUUUGUCAAUGAUUUUCCAUCUAAACAAAGUUUAAGGUUUGGGGUU